UUCCACGUAAUGCGAGGCGAUCAGCUGAUUCACUGACGGGUUCAAUCAACGACAACGUAGUUCACGUAGGAAAGAGAGGUUAUAAGUAGCACAUUAUCACGAUAAUUAUCUUUAACGGUCACGCGGUCAUAUUCAUUAUUCUCUUUAUACUCAAGUGACUGCAAGUUCAAGAUAAUAAAUCGAAUAUCUUACAUUAUGACAAAUAAAAUGAAGGUGGGAAUAAUAUGUGGCUCGGGUCUGGGUGAUAGCUUAAGUAAAACAUUCAAUUGCAGCAGUAUCACAAAUCGCGAGAAUGCAAAGAAUGAUUUCGGAUAUCCGUCCAGUGAUCUCUAUCAUGGAUGCAUUGAUGGGGUAGAUAUAGUGCUAUUAGCCAGACAUGGUGCAGGACAUGUGUUCAGUCCUACUGGAGUUAAUUACCGUGCUAACAUAGAAGCAUUGCGACUUGCUGACUGUACCCAUAUAUUGGCAUCUACUGCAUGUGGAUCGUUAACAGAGUCUAUUGGUAGGGGACAAUUAGUCGUGCCUGAUAGCUUCAUAGAUAGAACUAUUUCCAGGAAGGGUACAUUCUAUGAUGGAACGUCUAUCAAGUAUAACGGAGUAUGCCAUAUGCCGAUGGAGCCUGCAUUUGAUCCGCGAACAUCGGAAAUCUUAUUGCAAGCAGCAAAAAAAUUGGGAUAUAACAUAAGGAAGGGUGGAACAGUAAUAACUAUUGAAGGACCGCGCUUUUCAUCUAAAGCAGAAAGUAACGCUCUGCGUCUUUGGGGUGGACAUUUAGUCAACAUGACUAUAUGCCCAGAGGUAAUCCUAGCGAAAGAAGCAGGUCUUUUAUACGCAGCUAUAGCUAUGGCGACUGAUUACGAUUGCUGGAAAGAAUGCGAAGAUAAUGUUCAUGCAGCUGACGUAUUAGUCGUGUUCAAACAAAAUGUUCAUAAAAUAAUAAAUGUGUUACUAGAGGCAGUGAAACUUAUUGGCUGUGGAAAUUGGGAGCAGGAUAUUUUUAAAUUGAAGAACUUAAUUGAGAGCAGCAAUGUGACUGUAAAGAAAUAAAGUUUCUGUUUGCAAAGUGGAAC